AUGAUCUACUUGAAACCUCUGCUUCCAUCAGAGGUGUUAUCAUCAUCAUCGAGAUUCAGAUUCAGCGAUUCAUCAUCACUGAUGCAAGGUCUAUGUGCUCCACCUCUGCACUUUCCGGCCACCGCACCCCGUCGCCGUCGAACUCUGAAAACCGUCGCUCGUUCAGCGAGGGCAGAGCUCAGAGAAGAUAGCGACCCCUUAAUCCAAUCAGCUAUUCAUUCAGCGUCUCUUCGUCUGGGAGAAACCAAUCGAACAGAGCCUCUAUUCAUCGACCCUUAUGCCGCAUGCUUCUUUCCUCCUUUUACAAACAAGGAACCGAACAUCCAUAAACACCAACACCAUCAUUACUGUCUUGCAACAAAGUUUAUUGAUGACAAGUUGUUACAUACAGCUAAACGCAUUGAUGGACUAAAGCAGGUUGUCUUGUUCACAGAUGGGAUGGAUACUCGUCCUUAUAGGCUUAACUGGCCAUCUUCUACUAUGAUCUUUGAUGUUUCACCACAAAAGGUUUUCGAUAUAGCAUCUGACAAGCUUCAAGGUGUGGGAGCUAGGCUUCCUAAAGGUUGCAUGUUCUUUCACCUUCCUGUGGAAUCAGGAGACAUAGAGCAAUGUUUACGGUCCAAAGGGUUUAGUGGGAACCGGCCAAGUAUAUGGGCAAUGCAGGGCUUACCUCUCGAGUCACAAUCGAGCUUUGAAGCGAUUUUAUCAGCAGUUAGUAGCUUAGCCAUGAAUGAAAGCUAUCUCAUUGGAGAAUUGCCUAUAGAUAUCAUAGACCAGUCUGAUUUGAAAAAUUGGAUGGAGAAGCUGUUCAUGAGCAACGGUUUCAAGGUGCAGAUAGUUAGCUAUGAAGAGAUCGCUGCGAGUUUAGGCGUUGUAUUACAUUCACAAGUAAACAAUGACAAGAUUAUGUUUAUUGCACAACAGCUCAAGUUUUCAGAUGAUCAGAUGGAGAAAUGGAGACAAGAGUUUGAGAGGGUGGAAGAAGAUGGAGAUGAACAGGGAUUUGAAGAGCUCUGAAAUAAACAACAAUGUCUUCUAAAUAAAGUUAAGCUCCGGAAUUGUCUGCAGUUCUUGGAGAAACUUCACAGCAUUGUAAUUCCAACUCAUCUGUUCACACAGUCAACAGAACUUGUUUUGAACUGGAACAGAAUUUGGCAACACUGUUUCCACUCUAGCUACUGCAUGGGUCAUCCCACCCAUCAAGUUUACAGUUCAACUCAAGACAGACAAAGGAAACUGUUUCAUAUACAAGUUAAUUUGUUUUUAUGAGUUGCUCAUUCAGUUUCUUUAAUGGAAGCUUGUUUAUCACUUGAUGGGUUUACAUGGUAUUUAACUAUUUAUACAUGUAAAACUUGUAAGAUCAAGUUCAGGAUCUGUCUGCAGUUAUUGGAGUUGCAGAAACU